AUGCGACCUCGCAUCCCAAAAGAUUUCACUCCAACCUCGAGCCCGUUGUCUUACACUCCGAUAAGCGGACGGGCUUUCCACUACCUCUCCAGGCCCAGUGGAAUUCGUCCACUGGUACUCCUACCAGACGAGAGAACAUUUAGCCAGCGGAGAAAUCUUAAGCCAUUGCCAGGACAGGUCGGGUUCGCUGGUGAUCGACCCCUCAAUAGCUGUUCGUCACCCUCUGCCGACAGCUCGCAAACCGCUGAUGUCACUGGCGAUCUCGAAGAUCCAAGUGGCGUCAUGUUAUUUUCAUCUCCUUCCGCCAACUUUCCUCCCUUUGUUUCUAAUCACCGACGAAAACGUGAAAACCAAACUAAUCGUUGGAAAAAAGAAGUGAUCCCUCGCCUCAUUAUGCCGUACAUGCGGCUCGUUUCUUCGACAGAAUCUUUUCGCCUGCCAAUCCCCGAGGACACUAUAGCCACCACCCACAACUGUCAAUGUAUCAGAAGAGCAGUAGAUGUUAUUGUGGUUCGUUUCUGCAUUCUUGAAAGGCUAAAACUCCAAUUUUGCAGUUGUCGACCAGCCGCAGUUCAGCUGCUUCAACGCGGAUUAUUUCCUUCCGCACCAUUUGCGCCGUCCCUGGCCGUUGAUAUCCGAGUUCUAGACUUUGUAUCCCGACUGUUUCUUCAUGUUUCCCCCAAUGCCACUGCAUGGUGCAACACCGUUGAAGAGUUUCUUCAAAGUCAAGGUUAUAAACUUACUACUCAGGAUUCCCUCCGCCGCCGAUUUAGUGAAGCCUUGAAAUGGUACAACGGACUUCAAGACGCUACUACCAAACAUGUUGACAAUGUCCUCUACCAUGUUCGGACGAUAAUCACAGGUUAUAACGAUGGGUCUCAUACAACAGCAGUUGUUUCUCUAAACGAGUCAACUCCUCGCACCACACAACCACCUCGUGUUGACGCCGUUGAAGGCAAUCCAGCACCAGAAUUUCCUCUCGAAGAUGCGCUCCCAAACGCAAGACUUCCCCGGCCCUCGACACCCCUCAGUAGCUCAACAGUUCCACCUUCCACCCCCAUUGCCCGGAAGCGACAUCGUUCGGAAGACACUAGCACCCGACCACCCCCAGUCACCAUGGUUGAAAUCGAGGAUGAAGAUGCGCUUCCGAACGCAAGACAUCCCCGGCCCUCGACACCCCUCAACAGCUCAACAGUUCCACCUUCCACCCCCAUUUCCCGGAAGCGACAUCGUUCGGAAGACACUGAUGGCUUGAGGACUCCCUUUCCAAUGCCAAUCCCACGUGACCGCCCCAGUGAUUAUCUUCGUUCACGGUGCCCUCUAUGCUUCGGGGGAGAUCCAAAUCAGAGGCUUGGAGGUAAUGUCCCCGAUAUCAUUGUAUGUGUCGAUGCAUGCUUCAAGCAAAAAGAGAAUGAAGGACAGUCUGACCCACCCCGUGAGCACCCUCGGAGUGUCUUCAUAUCAGAUGCCACCGCAUCAAAGAUGGAGGAAUAUGUUGAGGGCAUUCGUCCGAGCAAGGCUAAGAAGGGUCCGAAACGCCAAAAACCGUCUGAUAGUAGUAAAACCGAUCAUGACUCGGAUGAAGAGGACGGCUAUGAUGGUCCAUUGAAGGUUCCACGGUCCGUUUUGGCUGGCUGCGAGAAGAGCUUUACAGCCGCCAAUGAAACACGUGAAAAGGCUAGCACACAGUUUUUCGCCGUCACUGCGCUGAUGGCUCUUCUCUGCCGCCAUGACCGUGUUAUAUGGAUCGUCAAUAUGCGAUCUGCCGGCGAAAAACAGCAUUAUGCGUUGGUGCUUGUCGAGACUCUCUUUCAACACCUACCUCAGCACUACACGGUCGGUCUGCUUUACGAUGUUGGCUGUCAGCUACAUAAGAGUUGCGUCAACUGGGGUUUUCUCAGUGCAUACAUCCAUCGGUUGAUCUUUGCCAUUUCCGUGUUUCACGCGUUCGGACAUCAGUGGCCUUGCCAGAUAAUAUACCACCCUCGAAAGUGCAACGGAUUUGGACUUUCCGAUGGUGAAGGCUGCGAACGCUUUUGGAAUUCUAUUAAGAAGUUAAUUGCCUAUUUACGUGUCUGUGGGUCACAUCAACGUGUAUACACUCUCGAUCGACAAGUCCAACAAGCAGAUAAGGAAAGCCUUGGUCGCCUGGCUCUCUGGUUACUUCGCCGAUCGCGCCAUUGCCAAGAAAAGCGAUACGCUGCUGAAGUAGCUCUCACAGAAUGUGGAUUUGCUGAAAAUGUUCUCCGGGAUGAAUGGUCUGCGCAGGUACAUGCUCAGACCAAACCCCUUCCACGGCGGACAAGGAACCAGGGAAAGGAUGCAGUCUCUGAGGCGAUUCGACUUCGAAAAGCACGUGACAUCCUGAAGAAGCGCGUACAAGAGCAAGAAAACAUCAUAUUAGAUCCUUCAGCUUCGGACUAUCAACUUUGUGACGCAGAACUGCGCCUAGCUGAAGCUAACAAGGAUUUGAGUUCUGCAGAGUCUCGGGUCCACGCUUCCGAGUCAGCUCUCGGUGUUCAAGAAAGAACCAAGCUUGAGAAGCUCCUAGGAAGCCCUUUCAUUGCGGCGAGGAUGAAUGCCCGAGCCCUCAAGCUACGCCUGCGCGAAAGGCUGCGCUCCCGAAAGUUUGAGCUUGACCGUAUUGAAAGAUCAUAUCGCAACCAUGUCAAUGAGCGCAAAGUGCACCAUCAUCUUGAAGAUUCCGUGAAGCGUCGCGAUCCGAGCAUACAAAAACUCGCUCGUGACUACAAUAAUCUAUGUGAUGUAAUGCUACGGCUUAAAGCUCAGCGCAAGGCUCCUGCUGGCUCAGUUUGCCCAUCCAAGAUCGUCAUGAAGGGUCUGUUUGCGCUGGACAUUGACGACGAAAUUUGGCAGGAUACUGGCUUGGAAGAUUCACUUGACGGCACCACGACGGAUCCACCACGGUGGCUUUGCGAUGAUCUUGUAAGGUCCGGAAUCCGCGCGCAAUUAGAGCUUGAUAGGUGCAUUGAAGAGGAAGACCGCAUCAAACAUGAACGUAGGGCGCUCCAAAAUUGGUAUUCAGAGGAGUGGAACAUUCUUUGUUCUGCCUAUGGUCAUACAGAUUCAUUGGAGUUACGCUAUCAGCUUCAGUUACGAAAGGAUGAGCUUCUUCAUGUCCUGUCGAUAUGGAAGAAGUCUUUACAAUCCUUACCUGCCGACGCCAUUGUACCAGCUUGGGGUCCGACAGAUAAUGAGAUUACAGCUGCUCGGAUCGCACAAGUUACCUCUCGUUUGUAUGGUGACUAUGAUGAUAUAGAGGAAGUUGGACCAUCCAUUGGGGUAGACGAGAUAGAUGUGUCAGAUGUAGAGAGUCUUGAUGCUGACUUGAUUGAUACGUUGGAGGCUAUUGACCUCGCAGAUGCUUUCCGUGGGGAGGACAUCAGUAGUUACUAG